GUGUGGAUGAUACAGGAAAGGAGGAGCACAUGCUACUCGGAUCAACAUCGCCCUGGACAAUAUCAGCACACGAAACAUAUCACGGACACUAAUACGGUACACGAACAUAUCACGGACACUAAUACGGUACACGAAACAUAUCACGGACACUAAUACGGUACACGAACAUAUCACGGACACUCACUCUAACAGUAACCAGUACGUACUCCCUCGGUGAUCUCCGUACCACGCUCACCGCCAACGACAAUGUCCCCCGACGACCAUUCCGACUUUCUUCUCUCCUGUCGCUACGGCGACAUCGACGACAUCAACGCCUUCAUCGCCCACUUCGACGCCCUCGCCCUCCUCCUCCCGCUCCUCCCCCCCGCCCUCCUCUCCGCACAGAACGCCUCCGGCUCAACCCCCCUCCACUGGGCAUCCCUCAACGCCCACCUCCCCAUCGCCAAAGCCCUCGUCGCCCACUCCCCAGGCCCAGGCGUCGAUCUCAUCGAUAUCAAGAAUCACGCUGGCAGGUCCCCGCUGGGAGAGGCGGAGAUGGCGGGCUGGGAGGAGGGCGCGAGCUGGUUUGUGGAGGUGAUGAAUCUUGGGGAGGGGAAGGGUGCCGAGGGUGCUAGUGCUGACGAGGUUGCCGACGCUGACGACGACGCGCCCAUCCACCUCGAGAUCCAAGACGCAGACGGCCACAUCGCCAACCUCACCAUCCACGACCCCCCUCUUCCCCCAUCCUAA